AUGAGACGGGCUGUGGUACUCCGUACGGCAGCGCCGAUGUGUGCACUCACCGGUAAGUGCGUUGAAGAUUGGGAGUCUCACAGGAAGUCGUUUGACAUGCGUAUUUUUGAGCUACUGAAGGGGCGCCUAACGUCACCUACCGAGCCGUUGCCCAUCAAACAAAUCUAUGCAACAAUUGCGAAUCCGUGCCGACUUGUUGAAGAAUUCACGUGCGCCAAAACCACGCGCCGGUUGGGCCGACUUCAUACGGCACUUAGUUUCCUUCGGCGCCACAAUGUGCUGCUUCACAGUCUCCUUUUUCACGUGAAGGAAACACAAACUUGGAACACGACACCAGACUUUGACCGGCUUGCCUUGUAUGGAGAAAGUUCACUACGGCACGAAGUGCGCGCUCGCACACUUCGCCUUUUCCCGGGCAUUGAUUCGGAGACUUAUGCCGCAUUAACGUCUUCUGUGUUGAGUGAGGAGGCGUUGCACGGACUGUUUGAUCGACUACUAAUGAAAGCACUGGUGGGCGAGAAACCGGUGGGUAAGAUGCGUGACUGGUCAUUGACUCCGAAUCAGUGCGGCCAGAUGUUGUGUGCCAUUGUUGGGGAGAUGAGUUGGUUCGCCGCACGGACGAAAGCAACUGAUCGUACGCAUAAUAAUGCGCUCUUCCCUCCUUCAGACGCUCUUAUUCUUCACGUGUUGUGCUGUCACGUAUUGGAGAGUCUUCCGGCUGAGUUGUUGUACAAUGUGCUGGAACCAAAGGUACAACGCAUAAAGGAGAAUUGGGUAAAUGAGCCAAUGUCGAUUCCUGAGCAGCUGCACUUGAAGCCCCGGACAAUAGGUUCAUUAUCGCUCUCACUGGUAGCCAAGCCUUUGACUGAGGAAGAGGGCCGCAGGAAAGAGGUGGCAGUAUCCGCCGAGAAGUGCCAGCUCAGUCUCACACCUGAGCGAGUAAUUGGGAGUGUUCGUUCCACAAUGCUGCCUCGGUGGAACUACAAGCGUUUUGAGGAGCGGCGUUAUCACAUACUGGAGAGCGACAAGCGACAAGUUCUCCCACUCGCAAUGUCCCCGGUGGGAAGAGGGGAUGUGAGUCUCGCUUCGGAGCAGAUGCCGGAUGAGAGGCGGAGGGAAUUAGUUGCGCUGGCACUGGGAGGGCGGUAA